AUGUCAAUGUUUCGACUCGACAGUCAAGUACGGCGCACCCAGCAAGACGAACAUCGAGCGCAAGAACUCAUGAAUGCACAAAAUCCUCAUUCGAAUAGUGACUUCACGUACAAGGAGGCCACCGCCGUCCUUGAACUUAUCGCCGAAGGAACCAUCGCAAAUGUGACGCCAGGACUAGUUGAAGUCCUGCUCGAAGACUUCGAUGCAGACGUCAAUCUCAAGAGAAGGAAGAGCAACAGCUUGUGGAAACGCAUGUCUGACAAGGACCAAGAAGAUAUUCGGAGCAAGCUCUUGGAAAAAGCAGCACAAAAUUGCUCAAGCGAGAUCUUGUUGUUGUUGGCACAAUAUGCCGACGAAGUAGCCGUGAAUCAGGCACUUCCACACGCCAUUGCGCAGAACAAUCUAAAUAAAGUCAGCAUUCUUCUCGCCAGAGGCGGCGACGCGACAUCCCUAUGCUCGCAGUUUGCUCAAGUCCUCGAGUCAGGAUCAGAUGAAAUAAUCACCAAGUUGAUGAACCGUAACAAAGGUGCUUGUCAAGCAUGCCGUGACAAGGGGCUCGUUCGGGCGGCAGAAUUGGGUUUCACGACCAAGGCCAGAAUACUGCUGGAAAAUGGCGCCAAUAUCAUGUUUGGCAAUGCUGCUGCACUCUCGGCCGCCGUCCGCCGCGGUUGCGAUGAUAUCGCCUCACCAAUCGCGCUCCGUGGAGUGUCAAGCAUACCCAAGGAAGUCCUGGACGGGGUUCUUGGCGAUGCCUACCAGAAGGGAAUGUUGCGAACGGUGGUGUCAUGCCUCCAAGCAGGGGCAAAAGGCUCAAGGACAGAUGCAACAUUGACAGAAGCGGUUCGACAUGGCCAGUUUGAACUGGUUAGCAACCUUGUUCAGCACGGGGCUGCCGUCAACCACUCAUCAGGUUCUGCUGUCGUUUGUGCAGUAGAAAGUGGUCGGCCAGAGAUGCUUCGCACUAUUCUGGCUGGCAAACCGAGCCUGGAAAGCAUGGCCGCUGCAAUGAUGCAGUCUGCUAAGCUGGGAAAUAUCCAGUCUUGUCAACAAAUGAUUGGCCUACUCCUGGCUGCAGGCUUCCGCGGCGAAGCAACCAGCCUUGUUCUGAUUCAAGUCAUGGAUAAAAAGCAGAUUAAAGGCGAAGAGCGCAUUCGUCUUGGGCUAGUUCACCUACUUCUCACCAAAGGUAACGCUGAUGUCAAUCUGCGUGCUGGAUGUGCAUUGGGCAUCGCGGCUGCUGAAGGGUGGAUGGGCAUCCUUGACGAGCUCCUCCAAUCUCGACCUUCUUUCGAGUCUCGAGUUUCUGUCCUUCGAUCUGCAAUGAAGCUACAGCCCGCUGCACGAAAGCGGGUCGUUGGAAAGAUAUUUGAAGGUGUGCGAACGGAUCAGAAACUCAGAAAUCAGGUCAAGGACGCCGCAGUGACAUUGGCGGCCAAGUCACUCCACCUGGACGUGCUCACGGAGCUGACGCAAUAUGGACUCGAUGAAGUAACUGUCCAAGCCGGGUUUGAUGCUGUUGUAUCCACUGGGACAGCAUGGAUGAGUGCUGCUGGACUUCAAGUUGUGCAGUUUUUCCUAAACAAGGGUGCCUCGGGACAGUCUGUUGAGCAUGCCUUUUACGAAGCCGCGACUGUAGCAGAGAUGGAUGCCUUUGAUCUUUUGUCCACGUCGAUUACAUCGAUAUCGGUUCUAAACACUGCCUUGACAGGGGUGGCACGGCAGUCGAAGAAGUGGCUGUCUUUAGACGACCGCACCAUUUGGCUUGUCGAUUCCCUACUCGCGUGGGGAGCGCACGGUGAUUGUGUCAAUCUGGCAUUCCUUGCAGCUCUGAGAGCGUACACGACUGGCGGCGCGUCAACAACUGUACUUGACCUGCUGCUCAAGGUCGGAAAAGCUGAUGUCAAUUUCCAACAUGGCGAGGCUCUGAAGAUUGCGGUCCGGAGCGGAGAUGUGCCCUUGGUGACGCAUCUUGCGUCCAACGGGGCAUCCCAAGAGACCAUGACCCACGCGUUCUGGGAGACGAUAAGCUCGCCGCUGGAGGAGGAUACUGCGCUGAAGCUCAUCAAUGCCCUAGUCUCGGGCAAGGAUCGCGUCAGUAAGCCUACUCUGAGUGUAGUGCUGCCGGACCGUUGGCCUCAUGUCUUUGAAUGUCUAACGGCCCAUCCCAACUCUGCAAAGCUCGUCAAGCGUCUUGCUGAGUUGGGUUGUGACAUGGAUGCAGAAAUUGUCACUCAGUUGUACGACGACGUGAAAGAGCGAGCCAAUGCACUAAGCUGGGCACUGCGCCCGUGUCGCGGGGUGCCAAUCAUCUCCACUGAAGCAAUCGGGGCACUAAUAGACCUAAAAGUCAACGUGUGUUUCACUGCACCAUUUUCAAAGGCGACUCCCGUCAUCCUAGCUGCCAAACAUUGCCGAGGAGAGGUUGUCAAGAAGCUGAUCAAAGCUGGUGCCGAUCCUUCGUUGCGCGACCGUGAUAACAGGGCAGCCAUUUUCCAUGCUUCCAGUGCCGGAGACUUGGAAAGCGUCAAGGUCCUACUCAAGUCCAAAUACCGGCCGAACGAUGGAAGUCUACACGAAGCGGCCAGGAACCUGCAUAGCGACGUGGUCGCAGCGCUUAUCAAGGGCGAGUACGAUGUCAACUUUCCCAGCAGUAGACUAGAGCACGAAGGGCGCACUCCAUUACAGGAGCUGGCGUAUCGCUGCAGAGGCGUCGACAGAAUCCAGGACACUGAAGAGACCAUCAUGGCACUGAAGAAGGGCAAGGCUGAUGCGCUAAAGAAGUGGCAUGGCAAGACUUGUUUAUUCCUGGCCCUCGACAAUGAGUAUCCUCUAGAGGUAACCCGAGCGUUGCUGGACAUGAUCAUGUGGGACUACAUGGACAGCCUUGAUAAUGUGCUCGCUACCACCGACGCGCACACGGGCGUCACAUUCUUCAGAUCUGCCACCAAGUAUCUGACCGACUACAAAGAAAACUCGAAACAAACCUUUCAAUUGCUGCAACUCCUCCAGACCAAGGGCUGUGUUGACCGCUACUAUGCGCAAUUCGGAGCAAUGCAGCCGCCAAAUGCCGUUGGCUUUCCGGAAGACAUUGCCAAGGAAGAAAAACGUUACCGCGCAGAGGUCGAAAAGACCCGGAAGAGCGAGGCAGAGCAUCAGGAGAAGCUGCGUCGCAUCCAAGAGGAGUCGCACCUGAAGCUCACCAUUGACGAGUCCAAGCACGAAGCCUGGAAGAACCACGAGUAUCAAAAGGCCAUUCACAAGGUCGGGUCAUCGGCGAUUGUGCACGAGAACGAGCUGCACCAGAAGGCGCAACUCACCGAGCAGCAGCGGUUGGCCACGGCGCAGAAGCAUGCCCUCAUGGAGCAGGACCGCCAUAAUCUGGAGAUUCACAAGCAGCGGACCGCCGCCAUUAGCCAGAUGAAGAUUGCCGGUGAGCAACAGAUCAAGCUCAACUACGCACAGCGCACUGCCGACCAAAAGAUGGAAGCCCAAAAGAAUCAACUCUACUAUGCUAAGAAGGCAGAUACGCAAAGGAUUGCGGCCCAAAAUGCCCAGAACAAUCUCAAGAAGCAGGCCAACCAGCAACAGAUUGCGACCCAACAUGCACAGAACAAUCUCAAGAAGCAGGCCAACAAGGAACAGAUUGCGAUGAAGAAGAAGUUGCAGGCGAUGAAACAUUGA